GAGAGAGAAUGAAGAAUGACGGCGAACUUUAUAAACUCCAAACCUAGCCGGGAACUUCAGAGAAGCCAAACGUGCUUCUAGCGGCCAAGCCUCCUCUCUCCCUUGGAAUAGGGGUUCUUUGCCCUUUACGAGAAACCCUAAAAUCUCCAUAGCUCCUUCAAUGGAGGAUCGCAGAGUCUCAUCAGACGGAAAAUAUCGGUUGUACGACCCUUACAAGGAACUGCAGCCUACCGCAAGCAACGCUUACAACAUUUACAAGCUCCCAACCUCACCCGAGUUCCUCUUCUCUGAAGAAGCAGUCAUUAAUAGAAGAUCAUGGGGUGAAAACCUUCAAUACUACACAGGCUGUGGAUAUGCUGGAGGCGCCAUUACAGGUGGCGCGAAGGGUUUAAUCCAAGGUCUGACAGCCAGCGAACAUGGUGAUACUAUGAAACUUCGGGUUAGUAGGGUAUUGAAUGCAUCAGGCCAUACAGGAAGGAGAUAUGGGAAUACGCUCGGUGUUAUAGGUCUGCUUUAUGCUGGUUUAGAGAGUAGCAUCACUGCUUAUAGGGACACAGAUGAUAUUGCCAACAGUAUUGUGGCUGGAUUGGGAACAGGUGUGCUUUAUAAGAUGGCGUCCGGGCCGAGGUCGGCAGCACUGGCUGGGGCGAUUGGGGGACUAGCAGUUGGCGCCAUGAUGGCGGGGAAGCAAGCGCUCAAAAGAUAUGUUCCAAUAUGAUUUCUCUGUUGUUUUUUUGGGCGAUAUCUCUAUUUAUUUCUUUAGUUUUAUUUGGACCUUGUUCAUGGGGAUCAUUUGAUCCUUUUUGAUGGUCUACCAUUUUGGCUGAUCUAGGACUUGAUGUCCUGUUUUUUUAUCAGAGAUGUUUUGAAAUAUAUGGAAGAGGGAGUUACAUUAAGUUAUGUUUUAAAUAAUUGGUGGAUUUUAUUAAAGUGGAUGUAAUUGUUGAUGUUGGGUGUUCACCAAUCUGUCGACUUAUCAGUUCACAUUGAUUACAUGGAUUAUACCAUAUGUUUACAUGA